AUAAGUAAAAAAACGAAAACAAUCCGCUGUUUAUGACGUCACUAUAUACAGAACAAGGCUAAUUAUUUAAUGGUAACAAUGAAUGAACAAUCCUGUUUGUGACGUCAUAAUAUGGCAGUGUCGCGUAAGAGAAGAUGUUUCGAUCUGGCGGGAAAUAAAAUAAAUUCUCGCUCAGUAUUUGAGGGGGGUGUCUCUUUGUAUUUCACGGGAGGCCAGCGAUCGACGCGAUUCGCGUUCUCAUUAUUCUUUAAUUCAAGCGGUUCAUCUACGUUUGGUGAAAUCGCGACGACCGCGGUAGUUUCGAGGAGGUAGGGGAAGGUAGUGUGAUGUCACAAAGCAAAGACAAUGGAAAGGAUUCUAGAACAAAAGAUUUCUCUGUUCGAGCGCUUGUUAGUGACGUCAUAAUAGCCAAGCCGAAAGUAAUGAGUACUGUGACGUCACAAAGGGUACCGGAAGUGAAAGAUCCGUUAAUCGCGUUACAAACCCACGUGAUGAACAGAAUAGAAACUCCAUUUCGGGGGAAUUCCCCUGAUUGUGGGGACUUUUGGGGUAAAUUUCCCCCGAUGAAAACCAAAGUUGGAAAUAUCCCGGGGAAUCCCGCGAAAAAUAAACAAGUGACGUCACGGAUCGGGGAAAACACCCAAGUUCAACGAGUGACGAAACAAAAACAAGUGACGUCAUCGAAACGAACUACGUCAUAUGACGUCAGUGAUGACGUGUCGGUGAAAAGCGACGGCUCCACGGAGAGCGCAAAGAAACAACGUCGUAGCCGAACCAACUUUACGAUGGAACAAUUGAACGAGUUGGAACGAUUGUUCGAAGAAACACAUUAUCCCGAUGCUUUCAUGCGAGAGGAAAUAAGUUCAAGGUUGAAACUAUCAGAGGGAAGAGUACAGGUUUGGUUCCAGAACCGACGGGCAAAAUGUCGAAAACAAGAGAGCCAGAUGCAAAAAGGGUUAACAAUGGGAAGCUCCAUACCUGGAUGUAGAGUAGCGCCUUACAUUAACAUGACGUCAUUACGAGCUACGUCACAGCAACGUAAGCAGGAUGAUGUCAUCCCCCCUAUACCAAUGUACCCAGGUUUAAUAAUGGAGGGAUUGUUCAACCCCUUCCUACCCCUCCCUUGCUCUACAUACCAUCUACUAUCGUGGCCGGGUAUUUAUCACGGAAGUGACGUCAAACAUACGUCAUUACUAUGGGGGGAUUCACCGAUACUCAGCCAACAUUUAAGGAAAAAUGAUGUUAUGACGUCACACGAAAAAACGCCGAGUGAUGACGUCACAAAGGUACCGAACGUUAAUUGAGUUCCCGGUGCUUUAUUUGUGACGUAUACGUGACGUCAUACUGAUGAUGACGUCACGAAACAAUUAAAUGUAUUUACGCAACGAUAUUUGACGUCAAUAUGUAUGAAAAAUAAACGAAUAGAAAUAUCGAACAAUUCGUUGUUGGUUUAUGUGUUAUAUUAUGCUUGUAGAUAUUUUAUGCAUUAUAAUUAUUAUACUAUAGUUUAACCUGCACAUAAUACAGCGUGGGUUGUUUCCGCAAC